AUGGAGCUCGCCCCCAAGGCUCUGCAGCUCGUGCUGCCCGCCGCGGUGGCUCGCUACCUCCCUGUGCUCCUGUUCGGCCAGCACCUGGAGGAUGACGUUCUGCGCGGCCUCAAGAUCGUCAACCAAAUUGGCCGAGGGAUUGUGGGGCUGGUGCUGGGCUCGGCGGUGUUCCACGUGAUCGUCGUCCUGUUCGGAGCCCCUGUGGUUGAUCUGUGGAUGCAGACGCUGCUGUUGGCUGUGCUGCUGUCGAGUUGUGUGACGAUGCCAUUGGCGCUGCAUUUGGGGUGUGCGCCACGGAAGUGGCUCGACCUGCUGCUGGAGCUCAGUGUGGGCAACGCGCUGGAGCUGUAUCUUGUGUGCUCGUCCAUUGGUGCAAUGCUGGGGGCGUAUGUUGGUGCUCUCCCCAUUCCGCUGGACUGGGAUCGACCGUGGCAGCAAUGGCCAUUGACUUGCGUGUAUGGAGCAUUGAUCGGACACACGGCGGGAAUCCUCGUCAGUGUUGUGAUGGGAGCCACCUUGAUGUCAUACUCUGGAAAGUCUACGAAGAAGGACUAAUGUCGAAUGCUAACACAACUCGACUGGAAUGCAACUAUACUUAGUAUACAGUAAUGCGGAUUAAUUUGCUUUCGUCGCUAUUGCGUAGAA